CUUGGUACCGUCUUUAAACCCUUCGCCUCCCUCUCUCCUCUUUUUCUUCCCUGCAUAGGGUGUUCUUCAAGCUCCUUCUAUCGAUCGCUUUCUAUCUUGGCCGCCACUACCGGUACUUGGUGUCCUGUCUCACGGCCGGCGCCAAACGGUGCGUAGGCUUGGUCCCCCUCGAGUUCGCUAUUCUCUUCCAAUCCUCCUCCUCCUUGGGACCCUCUUCCGACCUUCUCAUCCUCGAUACGCGGAUUGAACGACUCUCCGGUUUCGCCCUUCCCUCUUCCACCCCAGAGGCCAGUGCGAUAUCUCUCUCAACCUCCCGCCCCAAUAUCAACCAAAAUCAUUACUACUACUUGUGUACUGGAACGGCGUUCUGUGAACUUCCGCGCAUUGGGAUACCCUUUCGCCCAAAGAUACCCUUUUGUCCAUUCUCGUUCAAUUCGGCCCCUCUUGACGAAGCGGCUGAACUAUACCCCCAAAUCCCGCCUUGACGGCUCUCCGAUCCUCAUUGCGAUCGGUAUCUUCAACUUCAAUCUACCAUUCAAAUCCCCAUUUUUAAAUCCCCAUUUCGCGAUUCAUCGCAUGUGUACCUUUCAAUAACCACAGCGAUGCUUAUCGAUGGUGAGAAGUGGGCCUGUGAAGCUUGCGUCCGGGGUCACCGGGUCAGCAGCUGUCACCACAGCGACCGCCCUUUGACCCACAUCAACAAAAAAGGCCGCCCAGUCUCUCAAUGUACCCACUGUCGCGGCCUACGCAAGUCUCGGACUACCCACGUCAAGUGCGAGUGCGGCGACAAGAAAAAGAAAACUGACUCGUCCGACUCUCAUGGUGACAAGCGAGAUCUCAAGCAGGACUCCCUUCACCGCUGUGGCUGUUGCCAUGGCCAGCGCUGCAUCUGCGCGCUGAAAAAGGAAUCGCAUCUAGAUACCGUGCCAGAGGCAGGCUUGCCCCCGUCUCAGCCCCCGGUUCCUGCUGAACUUCCUCGGAAACCUCAUCUCACGUCGACCAAGUCCGAGUCGACGCUGACGAUCUUCCGUGACGGUCACCAUAAACCCGCCCACAAGCAUAAUGACAUGGCCCACAAGUGUGGAUUGCCCUACACAAUUCCACGAUCACAUACCAUCCACUACCCCUCCGACUUGCCUCGUCGGUCUGUGGACCACCUCCCAUUGACCCAGUCGGCGUUCGUCCAAGAACCUCUCAGCCUCUCGAUGGAUCCCCUGCCUCAGUCACAACAAACGUCUCAGCAUGGUUCGCCCAACAGCGUUCCUUCUGCCGGCACGGACGAUGUCGCGACUACGACCUCUCUCGAACAAGUCUUUUUGGACAGCUUUGCUACCCCUGCUCUCCCGUCGACUGCGACAGUGGACGCGUCCAUAGAUGGUACCUCCAACAACCCGACUUCUGCUCCUGCCACCAUGGACAAGUUUCCCUUAGAGCAAAUCAUCACCAGUGCCCCUCCGCCUCUCGACGUCUCGACCUUUUCUACCUUUGCGACUACGUCCAACAACUCGCCGAUCACAUGCAUGGCCUUCCAAGAUCCCUACCAUGAUCCGUACUUUACCUCUCCCGACUCGGAUGUGCCUCUUGGUCCGGCCGGUACGGGCGCACCAUCUGUCGACUGGUCUAGUUUCCCGCUGUAUUCGGAUGUCCCCGCUUCUACCAGCACGCAAACGCCGUCCUAUGCCAGCUUCGACUACCCGUAUCCCUCGGGCCUACCUCCUCCCUCUUCGUCGGGUGACAUUUCCGAAGUUGACGAAUUCGGACCGCUGCCGGGUCUGGGACAUGCGGGUAACGACAUGCACGAUCUGCACAGCGUGAGCGAAGCCUCGGACAUGGACCACCUCCGCGUCAGCUCUGCAUCCUCACUGGUCGGGCUGCCCCAAGCACAGCUCCUGUCUUCCAAUGACUUGGGAUCGAUCAACAUCGAUGAUUUCCUCAAGUCCGCCAAUGAGUCCACUGCUGCGCUCGAGCAUCAACUGCAGGCCAGCAUGGGCAUCGAUCCAAAGCCCACCCCCGCGCCGGAACUAUACUCCAUGUCGCAGGCUCCGGACUCGGUUCCCAUCUGGCCGGCGGGUCUCUUCGAUACGACAGGUCCUACGUCGCCUCUGGAGGAGGAAUUCUUCCGUCAGACGUGGGCGCAAUAGCACAGGCUUGGUACACUCGUUUGGCAAAUCCUCUUGUUCUAAUUUCUUCUCUUCCUCCCUGGGGUUCUUCCGUGGAAUUCUAUUGGGACAGCCUCAUCUGUCUCAUGGGUUCUACGGUCAGUUCUUACCACCACCUCCACACCGUCUUCAUGACCUUGAUGAGAGAUGAUGAUAAACGCCUGUCUUUUUUUUUUAAAUAGUGUCACUUGUUUUACUAGCCAGUCUAGAUCUUCUCAUGAUAGCCUUUCAAUCUAGAGGGAAUCUGCGAUUUGGAGAUAUUUGUCUUUGGUACAUAUGUACAUGGCUUGUCCACCUGCUGGAUAUGCAGUUGAAUUUCGAAUGUAUAGCACCGGGUAUAUCAGGCCAAGAUCACAGUAUCUUAUGAUUGAUUCCAUUGUCGCAAUUUCACCCAGCUUAUCCCCAUCAACACGAGGGAGAAUACUUGCAUACAAGCCCUCGAAUAAUGUAUACCUCCCUUCAUACCCUGGUGGUAUGUACAUCGACCCCCCCAGCCAGCCACCAUCACAAAACACUCACCGGAAACACCCCAUCUGCACACCGCGUACUUUCCUUUCCAUACAGUAUAGAAUAUGUACCUAACCAACCACUCAUAACCCGGCG